AUAAAAUAUCAGCGAGGCCAAGUAUUUAUUCAAGGGUCCUGGGUUCUGUAAAUGUUCAGUAGCCUUGCCUCUUCUCACUGAAGAUUUUCGAUCCACCUCAUAAUUUUUGAUUCUUGCGCUUUUCAUGAUUUCCUCGACCAAAGUGAACUUGUCAAAACCAUAGUUUCAGUACAGCUCUGUAGUGUAAGCUUGACACGCCAAAAGUAUUGUUCUACGUAAAUGCACUUGACGACGCAAGUUUUUGUUCCAUUAUUAUCUUCGCGACCACUUCAAAAAGACAAUUUUUCAUCUACAAACGACUGUAACUCUAAAUCGAUAUUAUCCACCCCGACGGCACGACGCGACGAUCGCUUAUCUGUUAUUCCUACACACUUCACGCCUUAUAAAUCUCUUUCUUGUAAGUACCUACAACUUUAAUAUCUCGUCCAUGGUAAGUAGCGGUCGCGGGGUUUUUUAUUUUUCCACUUGAUUUACUUCUAUUUUUACCAAAUUAUCUAUCACGACGAUGUCGAACGAAGCGAGCAAAGUUUUCGUGGGUGGCCUGCCGUUGCAGGCAACCAAAGAGGAGCUGCAGUCCUAUGCGGCAGAGUUCGGCGAAGUCAAGGACGCGGUAUUAUGAUUUUUAUUUACCAUGCGAGCAGGUUGAAGAUCGAUGAUCAAAAUUUAGAACUACUCAUUCGCCAGCACCUCGACCUCCUACUUCGAAAACGAAAAAAUAAACUCACCCCCGCCUAGACCUACUCAAUGAAAAUACAAAUCAGGUGAUCAUGCUCGAUAGGCUAACGAAGAACUCACGUGGCUUUGGUUUUGUCACCUUUGUGGAGGUGGAAGCGGCGCAGAGGUGCCUCGGCAAGACCGAGCCGCACAUGCUGGCUGGCAAGCAAAUCGAAAUCAAGCCAACAGAAUCUGACAAAGACGAGAACCCAGAAUGGAAAUUGUUCAUCGGAGGGCUGGAAGAAUCAGUAUAGUGCAGUGCUUAUCAUUUGUGCCUUCAAAAAAUAAAAUGCAUGAUUGCAAAUACUACAAAUAUCGUCUCGGCGUCUAGGUCCGGGACAAAGUCGGAACUUGUAAUGCUUGGCUUGCAUUCCUGCCAGUAGAAGCAGUACUUUGUGUAUGUAAAAGUCGCGACCCACAACUCCAAAUUUCGCAGGUGAAGGACGAGGACUUGAGGUCAAAAUUUUCCGAAUUUGGCGAAGUGAAUUCUGCUGUGGUGAUGAUGCGCGACGGAGUCAGCAGAAAGUUUGGAUUCGUCAGCUACAAAACCGAGCCCGAAUUUGCGGCGGCCAUCAUAUGUCCGCACGUGGAGAUAAAUGGCAAGAAGAUCGACGUGAAGGUGGCACAAAUGCCCCGGGGACAGCACUUCCCCACGGAAGGCAAGCUCUACAUUGGCGACCUCGGCGAAAGCAUGACCAACGACAUGCUCAAGGAAUACUUCUCCAGUCUCGGCGAAGUGCUCAGCGCAACGGUGAUGAUGGACCACGGCACCCAGAAAAGCAGUAUAGAAAUUUUUACUUCAUCUCUUAUUUGGACGCCGGGCACGACGGCGAGUUGGUGUGUUUUAGAAUUUGAGAAGUAUUUGUUCUAUUAGGUCCUGGUGGAAGAAAUUGAGUAAAGUUGUACUAUGAUCGUCCCGCCGUGAUGAAGAAAUAAGGGAUAUCCUAUAGAAACGAACCAAGUUGUUCUUCUCAGUGUCACAAGAAAAUGUGGGAAUGGGCCACAAAAUUAAUAAAUGCAAUGUGGUACUGACAGAAAUUUCAAUAUAUCUGUUGAAAGACGAAGAUCAAAACCUAAAACAGAGGGGUUUGGUUUCGUGCAGUUUUCAGAGCCGAAGCAAGCCUACGAUGUGAUGCGCAAGCCACACAUGAUUAACGGCACACAAGUGGUAGUCAAGUCAUCAGCCAACAACGCACCGGUGGGGAAGCAAGGGAAAGGGUACAGAAUUGUUUUCGAAUUUUCAUACCACGUACGGUAAUCCUGAUAAGGAUAGCCAUACCGUUCAGAAGUGAGAAUGAUCCGAAUGAUGACUCCGCAAGGAGAUAACAGGACGACGCGUGUUUUUAUCGCACACUCUUCUUCUGCGUCCGCCGAAUUUUUAUAAAAAACCCAUCAUCUACCGAAAAAAAAUCCCCAAAACACAGGAAAGACGGCAAGGACGGUAAGGGUGGGUACGGCAAGGGAGGGUACGGUGGUUACUACCCACCAGGCCAGGGCAAGGGCGGGCACCAGGACUGCACGAACAAGAUCUUCGUGGGCGGGUUGCCACCCUCGGCCAACAACGAGACCAUGAACCAAUUUUUUUCGCAGUAUGGACCAGUAAAGGACUGCAUCGCGAUGUACGACAGAGAGACAAGUAUAGUUUUAUAGUCUAUAGAAUGAUACGAACUUGACUCAAAGGCUGUAGAGGAAAGUUCUGAGACCCUUAAACAGCAUUAGAGAUUGCGGCUCAACCUGGAGCAAACCUGGGGCAAACCCCUAGGGCUUUUCAAACUGGUUCUUUUCAUAUUGGCUAAUACGCACGGCAGAGACUCAAAAGAUAAAGGUCGAGCCGUAGGAAACGACCAAAAACCACGACAAACGAGACGUCUGUGCACACACUGAAUCACCACGCUACUACGGCAAAAGCUGAAGCUUUUCUGGAGCGCGAGCUCUAGAACUUUUCCAGUGUGUCUCCGCUUUUUUUCUUAAAGUGCAUGCUACUGCGAAAAUAUUUCCGACAAAUUCUACGGCUUAAGCUGUAGCCAAGCCGUGGAUGCUUGGUGGCGGUGCAGCACGGUGGCCAGCACUUUCAUCCCCUGCUUGGCCACCAGAUGCUUGGCCGCCAUGUUGGCCGUGCCUGCGAAAGCUCCUGGUGGCACCUCUUUCCCCUGCGUGCUGGCGCCUGCCUCUUAGCCCUGGCAGCUUUUCUUACCUACCCUGUGCGCUAGGUCUUGCCCCUCGCGGUACAUCUUGUCCCCCGCAAUACAUCUUGCCCCUCACAGUACAUCCCGCCCCUCGCAAUAGAUCCUGCCCCUCGCAGUACAUCUUGCCCUUCGCAGUACAUCUUGCCCCUCACAGUACACCUUGCCCCUUGCAGUACAUCUUGCCCCUCGCCGUGCAUCUUGCCCCUCGCAGCACAUCUUGCCCCUGCGCAUACGUCUUGCCCCUGGUAGGACUUCUUGCUCCUUGUAGUACUAGCGCCUCUUGUCCAUCGCAAUACAAUCUCGCCUCGGCAGGCGCAUGCACAUCCUGCGCCGGAUAGAACUUGCUUCUUGCCCCUGCUGGUAGGGCCUCUUGCUCCUGCUCCUGAUAGCACAUAUAGGGUCCGCCUUCCAAUACCCCCAGCGCCCUGCCGGCAAAGACCUAGCCGCCCCGCCCCGCCCUCGGGGAGCGAGCUAGCGAACAACCUCCACCGCCCCCAGGUUUCCCGCCGUGUGACUGCCACCCCGGCAGGCCCCGGGCCGCCCCUUGUUGCCCUCGCGGCGCAUGCGUGCCCGCAGGUGCGCCCCCCGCUCCUCCAACGCCCGCGCGGGAACGUCCACGGGCCCUUUUUUUCCCCGCGCCAGCCAUUUUUCUUCUUCGGUGUGCCAAGGCGGUGAAGGAAGGGUCCGCGCGCCAACUAUAAACAGACACGCAGGCGCAAGCACAAGUAGGCAGCUGCCAAAGUCGCGGCCGUAAAUUAAUAUCCACUCGGGGCAUGUUGCCGCUAUCUUGCGGCGACUAUGCCGAGGCCCGCUGCUGUCCGCGCAGUAUGGACCAGUAAAGGACUGCAUCGCGAUGUACGACAGAGAGACAAGUAUAUUGCUAACUUAUCGUCGCGAAGAAAAAAGUUUUUUUCACCGUAAAAUCAAACUUGUGAUGCAUAAAAUGGAAGAACACACGACACAUUAGUGUUUGUCUUGCUAGUUGUACACAUACAAAAAAAAUUCAUCCCUAAAAUGAACUAUCACAGCAAAACCACGAGGCUUCGGGUAUGUAACGUUCGCAAGCGAGCAGGCUAUGUAUGCGUGCCUGCAGGACAAGGAGCGGCACUACAUUGACGGCAAAUACAUCGACUGCAAGAGAGCGACGAAUCAGCACGACCGGUCCGGUGGUGGCUAUGGCGCGGCGCAGUACGGCCAGGCAGCAAUGGGCGCGUAUGGAGCAGGUAUUGGAAGUGACAACUUUUAUUUGCCUUACAUCUUCUCCAGCGGAUGGGUAAUUCGAAUUUUUGGGAAGCGGCAAAAACAUUGUGUACUUUACCCAUGAUGAUGAUGAUGAUAGAACAAGCGAGCGAAAAGAGCUGCAAAAAAUUAUAAAGACAAUCCUUCUGGAAUUUGAAUUUCAACGACUGUUGAAACAAUAAACCACAAAUAACAACAUCAGCUUAUGGCUACGGUGCGACCCCCGCCGCGUAUGGGUACGCAGCACCCGCUUACCCGGCCUACGAUAUGACCGCCAUGGACCCAAACUAUGCAGCAGGUAUUUAUAAUGUUCUCGACCCCACUGGGCAACAAGCUGCCGCAACUGCAGGUAGAAAGCACGACUGCUAAAUUUCAUGUGUUAUUUCCUGUUUGAUUUUUUCUGGAAGUCGAAGUAGCAAGCACAUGAAGGCAUAAAGAUCAAAAUCUUGCAUCAUUCAUGUCUAUAAAACAAACAUCCAAAACAGCCGCCUAUCAGCAGUACUACGCAGCUGCGGCUGCCGCCCCCCAGGCUCAGUACGCACAGUACUACGCCGCGGCCGCUGAUCCCAACGCAGCAGCUUACGCGCAGCAGUACGCUGCCCAGGCCGCGGCGCGGCCAGGACCCUACUAGACGCCGGGAUAAGCACAGCGGAGUCGUUGAAAAGCAUCGAUUGAGAACUGAACCGUGUUUCCGCAUGAUCAAGGAGCCGGAUUAUAUGAGAAAAAUCGCAAUAAAAAAAUCACACACAGUCAUCUUUAAAGUCUAUACUAUCGUUUCACUAGUUUGGUCUAGACUAUCUACAAAGUUUAUUACGUACUGAUGUAACCGCACAGAAGACAAUUUUAACUUGAAGGCGUAGCAGAGGAGGCGGAUGAGAUCGUUUAUACUGAAAGCAGGAUUGAUUAAGGUAACACCAGCAGUAGUAGACGAAGCUGCUGUUGUUAACGAUUAUGGAAGUAAGAAGAACGCCGGAUGCACAAGACACCUGCUCCCAAGAGCACCGAAGAAAGAAAAGGAUUUCAGACCUUUAACUACGCCUAGCGAGAGAUUGAAAUAGAAUAGAUCACGGUAAAAAGAAUAGCGCGCGCGCACCACCUUAAGAUUGAUUUAGAUUCACGAAAAUUAUCACAAGAUACGUAUAGCGAGUGGAGUCUUGGGAGAUUGAGGCGGUCUUUUGGGUCAUUGUGCCUCAAGAUCUGAAGCACCAUCCGCGCUGGUAGCGUAUCCAGGUAUUCAGACGAAAAAAUCGACAGGUAGGCGCUGGACUUGUGAUAUACUAUCGCUAGUACUAUGUAUCACCUGAUCAGCACUACUAGAUACAACUCCGGACGACGAGUUGUCACUUUAUGCGUUUUUUUUUUUGUGUCCGUUAUAAUUUUCUCCCGUCCUAGUGGCACCAGACAGAGAGAAAGUACAAGACGGUGAACGAAAAGAAUUUGCAGGAGCCACAAUUAUAUCAGCGACACCUACCAGGUUUUUCGAGCCACUAACAAAGGGCGAAAGUUAGUACCGAACUCAACAGUACACGUACAGAGUACGCAGCCGCGUACGGUACUAGUGACACACGUAUGUUUCAACGAAGAACUUCCCACUGACCACGCCAAUGCAGUUCACUGUUUCUGUUAUCUAAUGUAGCAGAAAUAUUGGGUCGUGAUUUUUUCUACGCAGAACAAUUAUAUCAGAACCCAUUUUGACAAAACGCAC